AUGGUUUCUGUAAGAGUAGUGUUAUCUUUAGCAGUUCAUAGUUCAUGGCCUCUGUUUCAACUUGAUGUGAAUAAUGCUUUUUUAUAUGGUGAUUUAUCUGAAGAUGUGUAUAUGAGUCAACCUGAAGGAUAUCAUUCAAAAGGUGAUAUUAGGGUUUGUAAACUAAUAAAGUCUUUAUAUGGUCUUAAACAAGCCCCUAGGAAAUGGAAUGAAAAGUUAUCUCAUUCACUUUCAAUUUUUGGUUUUAAACAAAGUAUGAAUGAUUAUUCUAUAUUUGUGAGAAAUCAUGAGAAUACAAUUGUUAUUUUACUGGUAUAUGUAGAUGAUAUUAUAAUCACAGGAAACAGUAAUGCUGAAUUGGAAAAUGUUAAGAAGUUCUUAAAAUCACAAUUUUUUAUUAAAGAUUUAGGAGAGUUAAAGUAUUUUUUAGGUAUUGAGGUUAUUAAAACUGAUAAAGGUAUUUGUCUGAAUCAAAGAAAGUAUUGUUUAGAGUUGUUGCAUGAGUUUGGUAUGCUUGGCUGUAAACCUGUUAAAACUCCUUUAGAAACAAAUUUGGUUUUAAAAAGGGAAUCGGAUUUGGAUAAAUCUGAUUGUGUUGUUAAUAUAACUGAAUUUCAAAAGCUUAUUGGAAAAUUAAUUUACUUAACAAAGACACGUCCAGAUAUUUCUUAUGCUGUGCACAUUUUAAGUCAAUAUAUGCAUAAACCUCAUAAAUCUCAUUUAAAAGUAGCAUUUAGAUUGUUAAGGUAUUUGAAGAAUUGUCCAGGUAAGGGUGUACAUAUAACAAAAGAUAAUUCAUUGAAUAUUACUGCUUAUGUAGAUGCAGAUUGGGCUAAAUGUUUGUUUAGUAGAAGAUCUGUUACUGGUUUUCUUGUGUAUUUUGGAAAUUCCCUUGUAUCUUGGAAAAGUAAGAAACAAAGUACUGUUUCACGUUCUUCAACUGAGUCUGAAUAUAGAGCAUUGGGCUUUGUAGCUUGUGAGAUAAUCUGGAUUUUAAAAUUGUUGUUUGAUUUUGGUAUUAAUGGUUUAACUCCAGUUAAUGUUUUUUGUGAUAAUGAGUCAGCUGUUAAAUUAGCUUUAAAUCCUGUUUUUCAUGAAAAAACUAAACAUUUUGAAAAUGCAUAA